CUACCAUCAGGUGAGGAAGGUUGGCCAUGUGUUAGGGAAGCGUUGAUAGACGAACUUGAACGACACAGAGGAUUGUAUGAUGAAAUGUGGUCCAGACAUGUGGUUAAUGCCUUACAUUCUCGACUCACUCUUCCUCCUGGUCAUCCGGCUACCGAGGAUAAAUGGAUGCAACUGCCAGAGAUGGGAUACCUUGUAGCAACCAGGUUCCAAGUGGUUUUCAUAUCCAUCUCUUCUCAGGGUUGUUGGUCAUACCUUCCACUAAGAGGAGAAGGUCCACCUCCUGUACAUCGUGUUAUAGCUGUUGGUCAUGUGAUAAAUCACUUUGUACAGCUCCAUCUAACUCCUGGACAUUCUAUGCCGCCAAUUGCUCUCCAGUGGGAACGGUAUGUUGAUCCUAUAUCAGUAAGCUGGUGCGUCCCAUAUGUUACACGUUUACACAGGUUCACAUCAGAAUUAGAAGCUUGGUUUGUUACUUUUGGUGUUCCUCUUAGUCACCAAAGCUAUGUAGACAUCACCACAGACUGACGCCACACUUUGUGUAAUAUUCAUUUGUAAACGCUCUGUAAUAUUAAUCUGAUGGGCCUUGCCCUUAUGUUGUUCAUUGCUGCUUUUAAUAAUAGUAAUUUGAUGGUCAUUGGUAUA